AUGAGCUUGUCCUUUGUCCUAUGGGGCCUUUAUCUCGUGCGUUUGCCAUUCGUUUUCGGCCUCAGGGAGCCAAAGCCCAAGCCUCCUGAGCCACCGGCGGAGACCAAGCCGGAGGCAUGGUCGAGUUGCCGGAACCAGCAGGAGGCUCCCAAGCCUGAUAGCGAGCCUGCCAAAAGCCCCAAGGAGGGUGAUGCGCGCGAGCGCGAGCUGACAAAGGGCGGCGAGUUUCGCCCAGAGGACGCAGAUGGACGCCCUGCCGCCGUGGACUCCGUGGUGCAUUUCCAGGACUCCGUGCAAGUGGUGGAGUUCUCCCGACUCGUGGGUGCGGGUGGAGGGGUGCCCAGCGAUACGGGAGCCUCCCUGGGAUUGGGCCUCCAAAAACGCAUGGUGAUGGAACCCUUGGCGACGGAGCGGCCGGGUGUGGGGAAGUUGGACAAGGCGGCAGAGCCGGUGCCUCCACAACGCCGCGCCCAGAUGCUGCGAGAGGCCAUGGGCCAUGUCGAGUACUGCAAAGCCCAGCGGGUUCAUCGCAAGGAGCUUUUGACCUUGCAGAACCACCGGGACGAGAACAACCAGACGGACGAGGACUUCGAGCCGAUGCCGGAAUCACUCCGCGCGGCACGGAAGAUGGCGCAGAAGUUGGCACGCGAGGUCGCAAGCAUUAGCGCUGGCCUCGCAGGUUCCCAGGGCAAGAAGACUGGUGUUAGCCAAGAAGUCAGGCAGAGAACCAAAGGGCGAGGGAAGGCUCGAGCCAAAGUGAAAGCCGAAGUGAAGCGCAAGGGUGGCCCCAAGGGCUCAAAGGCAGGCCGAGGCAGAGCCAAAGGCAAAGCCAAAGGCAGAGCCAAAGGCAGAGCCAAAGGCAGAGCCAAAGGCAGAGCCAAAGGCAGAUGA